AUGGCCGACGAAUACGGUACCUCGAACGGCAACGACAACCGCUCGCCAUCUCCUCGCCGCGGUGACUCGGGCAGGGGCCGCUCCCGGUCGCGCUCGCCCGUCAGGAUGGACACGGACAGGCGCGACGGCGGCGACCGUGGCAGGGGCGACGUCCGCGGCGCCGAGCCCGUCAACCCGGGCAACAACCUCCACGUCUCGGGCCUCUCGCUCAAGGUCGAGGAGCGCGACCUCGAGGAGCUCUUCUCCAAGCACGGCCGCAUCCAAAAGUGCCAGGUCAUGCGCGACCCGCACAGCAAGGAGUCUCGCGGCUUCGCCUUCGUCAUGAUGGAGACUGGCGAGGAAGCCGACGCCUGCAUCGCCAACCUCAACGCGACCGAGGUCCUCGGCCGCACCAUCAACGUCGAGAAGGCUCGUCGCGGCAGGGCUAGGACGCCGACUCCCGGCCAGUACCACGGUCCCCCCAAGCGUUAUGACGCGUACGGUGGCGGACCGGGUUACGGUGAGCGCCCGUACGAGCCGCGCGGGUACGGCGGCCGCGGAUACGAGAGCCGUUCGAGGUACGACGACUACGACAGGCGCGGACCGCCGCCCUCGUACGGUCGCGACGACCGCUAUGACUACGACCGCCCCCGGUACCGCGACGACCGCGACCGCGGCUCGUACGCCGUGCCGAUGAGGGGCGGAGACGACCGCGGCGGUCGCUACCCGGACGAGAGGUACAGCUCCAGCCGUGGAGGAGGCCGCGACUACGGAUCGGACAGGCGCUACUGA